GUCGGAAAAGCGAUUUAGAAAACGUUUACAGGCUCCUUCAAAAACUGUAGUUCACGGGUUACCUGUCCGCUCAGGUUGGAGGUCCCAUCUAGAAGUUAGGUGUUCUUUUGAACUGGACUGAAUUCCGAUGAGUCUUGAUUCACGGCUGACAGCACAAUAAUUAUCGCAGGCCGCUACCGGUCCGUGACUAACCGAAUUGAACCCUCACUCGACCGGAUUGUUCCAAACCCCUCGCUAUUUCGGCCUACCCCAGCUUUUUACGUAAUAAUCUUACGCUGCUUACUUAAGCAGUAUGACUAACUUUUCACUUGUUCGGAGGUAUAAAAGUGACCCCACUUCAUCACCACUUGGAAUAUUACACCAAAACCAACCAUGCCUAUGUUACAAGACCCUUCUGUGAAGUACCAGAGGUUUGCUCCCAUCAACUUACCUCAAAGAACCUGGCCAUCCAAGGUCCUUGACAAGACUCCAAGAUGGCUUUCAACCGAUUUGAGAGAUGGUAACCAAUCCUUGCCCGAUCCAAUGUCGGUGGAAGAAAAAAAAGAAUAUUUCCAUAGAUUGAUUGACAUCGGCUUCAAGGAGAUCGAAGUAGCCUUCCCUGCUGCUAGUCAACCGGACUUUGAUUUCACCAGAUACGCCAUCGAACACGCUCCCGCCGAUGUAUCUAUCCAAGUCUUGAGUCCUUGCAGAGAAGAGUUGAUUGCAAGAACCGUGGAAUCUUUGAGGGGUGCCAAGAGGGCAACUAUUCAUAUUUAUUUGGCCACAUCGGCAUGUUUCCGUGAGGUGGUUUUCGGGAUGACCAAGGAAGAGGCCUUGGCCAAGGCUGUCAAAUGUACCGAGUUGGUGAGAAAAUUAACCAAGGAUGACCCAUCCCAACAGGGAACUGACUGGGACUUCGAGUUUUCCCCCGAAACAUUCUCCGACACUGACCUUGAUUAUGCCAUCGAGGUCUGCGAGGCAGUCACAAAUGCCUGGAACCCAAGCGUCGAAAAGCCAAUCAUCCUCAAUUUGCCUGCCACAGUUGAGAUGGCCACUCCAAACGUUUAUGCUGAUCAGAUCGAAUAUUUCUCCACCCAUGUGGCCAACAGAGACAAGAUUUGUAUCUCUCUCCACCCUCACAACGACAGAGGAUGUGCUGUUGCAGCUGCCGAGCUUGGACAAAUGGCAGGUGCUGACAGAAUUGAAGGUUGUUUAUUUGGAAACGGUGAAAGAACUGGUAACGUUGAUUUGGUAACCUUGGCACUUAACUUGUACACUCAAGGUGUGUCACCUAAAUUGGACUUUUCCGAUAUUAACUCUGUUGUACAGAUUGUUGAAAAGUGCAACAAGAUACCGGUUCACCAAAGAGCUCCAUAUGGUGGAUCUUUGGUUGUUUGUGCCUUCUCCGGCUCACAUCAAGAUGCCAUUAAGAAGGGAUUCAACUUGUAUUCCAAGGAAGCUGCCGCAGGAAAGAAGCCUGUUUGGAAAUUGCCAUACUUGCCUUUGGACCCAGAAGACAUUGGUAGAACUUAUGAAGCCAUUAUCAGAGUCAACUCUCAAUCCGGAAAGGGUGGUUCUGCUUGGGUUAUUUUGAGGAACUUGGAGUUAGACUUGCCAAGAGGAUUGCAGGUUGCUUUCUCUAAGGUUGUUCAAGAUAAGGCCGAAGUGAAGGGACAAGAAUUGACCAACAACGAGUUAUGUGAUCUCUUCAAGCAGGAAUAUUACAUUGACUAUGAAGACGAGGAAACCAACUACCCAUUCAAGUUGGUUGACUACAGCAUCUCCACCCCAGAAAAGGGACUCAAGCAAGUCGAUGCUGAAUUGGAAGUCGACGGUAAGGUUGUCAAAAUUUCAGGUAAGGGUAAUGGUCAAUUAUCUGCAUUUAACGAAGCAAUCAGAACUCAUCUCAAUAGUGAUAUUGAAGUGAAACACUAUCACGAACACUCCUUAGGUCUGGACUCCAAGUCUAGAGCUGCUACCUAUAUCGAGGUGACCUUGAAUGGUGGUAAGGUUUCCAGAUGGGGUGUGGGUAUCCAUGCGGAUGUGUCUCAAGCAUCCUUCUUGUCAUUGAUUUCUAUUUUGAACGGAUUGAAGGGAAAUGGAGAAAUCUAGUAUUAGUAUUUAGUAUUUAGUAGGACCUGGCGUUAAAUCUCUGUUAUACACGACUAAUAAGUAAAGUUCUGUAACAAUAAGGAUAAAAUCUUGGUCGAUAUAGAUCUGAACCAUACGAUAAAUAUUGGAAAU